AAUAACAAUUAUAAUAAUAAUAUUAAUAUUUAUAAUAAUAAUAACAAUAAUAAUAAUAAUAAUAUUAAUAAUAUUAAUAUUACUAAUAAUAAUAUUAAUAAUAAUAAUAAUGAUAAUAAUAAUAAUAAUGAUAACAAUAAUAAUAAUAAUCAUAAUCAUAAUAAUAAAAAAGUUUUUAUUGUGCAUGGCCAUAACGAUGAAGCACGUCAAAAGGUACAUAACGUUUUAAAUGGUUUAGGUUUUGAACCCAUAGUUCUUUUUGAAAGAGCAAACAAUGGGGAUACAAUUAUUGAAAAGUUAGAAAGAGAAGUAGAUCAAUGUUCUUUUGGAAUUGUUAUAGUGUCACCAGAUAAUAUAGUUUAUUCAAAGAGUAAAGAUAGUCAAACUUAUAAUGAAAUGGCAUAUCCACGUCUUAACGUUAUAUUUGAAUUUGGUUUACUAAUUGGCAAAUUAGGAAGAAAGAAUGUUAUCUUUUUAAAUGUUCCUUAUACUGGUUCAAACUUUUAUGACCUUCCAUCAGAUUUGCUUGGUUAUGUUUGGAUUAACUAUGAUGAGGAAUUAAAAGAAUUACAAAAUGAAAUUAAACAAGGCAGUUAUGGAAAUAGAUUAAGAAAAUAA